GGAUGUUGUAUUAACACGACCUCAACACCAAAACCCAUCACACAAACAAGGAAGAACUAGAAGAAGAAACAACAACAACCACAACAAAGUUAACGCGACGCAAAUUGAAGUUCGGUAGCACCUUUGGGAAGGCAGAAUGGUGGAUUCUGGGGUGUGGGACAUCGGCGCUCGGCUGGGCCUUUGUCUGGCUCUUUGCUGCACAUUGACACCCUCACCUACGCACGCCUACAUCUACGCGCAUUAUGUGAAUAUGAGCGCAUCAUUGUUCGAGGACCUGCCGGCGUUGUUUGGCUCCGAGCUCCCCCAACAGGGUCUAAGGGGUGUGUUAGUGGCGUCUCGUCCAAUGAAUGCCUGUUCAGCAAUAGAGCCAGCCCCAUUGCCCCCCCAAGGCAAUGCCAACCUCACUAAGUUCAUAGUUCUGAUCAAACGUUAUGAAUGUAACUUCGACAUAAAGGUCCUUCAUGCCCAGCAGGCUGGCUAUAGUGCUGUCAUCAUCCACAACAUGUACUCGGACGUCCUGCUCAAUAUGAACGCCAGCAAUGAAACCAUCGCGGAGGAGAUCGACAUCCCUGCAGUGUUCACCAGCUACUAUGCCUCCCAAGUUCUCCGGAAACAUAUAAUUCCAGAUGAAGGGGCUUAUGUGAUUCUGAAGCUGGAGGUGGCUUUCCCGCUUGUGUACUAUCUCAUUCCCUUCACGGGAGUGGUGGGCCUCAUCAUGCUGGUUAUGGGCCUCGUCAUGGUUGUACGCUGUGUGCAGUACAGAAAACGUUUGAGGAGGAAUCGCCUGUCCAAGGAGCAACUGAAGCGCCUUCCAAUCCACAAGUUUAGAAAAGGUGAUGACUACGAUGUUUGUGCAAUCUGUCUGGAUGACUACGAAGACGGAGACAAGCUGAGGGUAUUGCCGUGUUCUCAUGCCUACCACUCCAAGUGUGUGGAUCCAUGGCUCACGCAGAGCAAGAAGACCUGCCCCGUGUGCAAGCAGCGCGUCACCCGGCCCCACCCGGACCACCCCGAGUCCGAAUCCGAGGAGGAGGAGGAGGAGGAGGAGGUGGUGGUGACCGCCCGGCGCCGGGACCCCGAGGGCGGCGGCGGCGCCGAAGGCGACACGGAGCGCACGCCGCUGCUCCGGCCCUCCAACCCCGGCUCCCCGUCCGGCAGCCUGGCCAGCUCCUACUGCGCCACGGUCACCGUGACCACCGCCCAGUGCCUGGCGCCGUCCCCCCGCUGUGACUCCCCACUGCUGGGGGGCUACCACGGCUACUACUCCCCCGAGGAGAGCUCAGACUCGGAGGGCGAGGGCGCCGGGGAGGUCGCGCAGCCCACCGAAGACGACACCGCCCGGCUCUUGGGGACAGGUGGGCUGAACGUCUGAAGGGGGGGGGGGGGGCGCACGCACAAGCCCCUGGUCUACUCUGGUCCCGAGCCUCCUAGGUCGUUUUGUCCUGACGGGGAUUCCGUCUAGAGGCGUGCCCCUCCCCUCCCCGCGGCCUCUAGCAGUCCGUGCGCGUGGAUGUGUAGUCGUCACUCGUGACCCCGUCUUUAGCUGUGGAGAUUUUGGAAGAACACUCGUCACUUUGGUGUGAUUGUGUCAGAAUACUAACCCCGAUAAUCUGUAAUCUGUUUUUUGACGCAUUCAUCGAAUAUUUCAUAGAGCCAAAGCAACUGUUUAAUUGAACCACCACCAUUACCACUGACACGUAUGGAUAUAUGUAGCGAUCGUAUCACACGUGAAGUAAACCUGUAAUUUAUCCUAAGCCUGAUUAAUCAAAUGACAAAUGGGUUUGAGGUAGUAUAAGCAAUAAUGUAAAGAAAAUAAUGGAUUACACCUAAAUGUCGGCGAUACUCUUUGCUGAUACCUGGCCCUUGUGUAAUUAUUUUAGAAACUGUGCAAUGUAUCAGAAAUAUUUAACAUUUCUGAUUUUUCUUGUGUUAUUGAAGUCGGUCAAUAUUUGGUAAAAAGUUUUCUGUUUUUAUUGAAUACACAACUUAUUAAGGCUGGUAAUGGGGAUAAAUUUGGAACAGAUUAAUCUAAACUAAAAACAUUCAGUGCUGGUAAAAAUGAUGGAGAAAGCAAUUGACUACGGGAAGGAAUUUCCAUAAGCACCAACCGAGACAAUAUAAGGGUUUUCUGGACCAUUUUCAGCUCCAAACUAUUUUUUUAACUAAAAUGUAACAUCAUAAUGUCCCCAAGAUAUCUAUGUUUUUAACACUUUCUUUUAAUUGUUAUUCAUACUCUAACUUGUUAUUAUUGUUUUCAAGCCUUUGUAAAUGGUUAAAAGCCUUAAGGUAUUGCAUAGUAAUGGAGUUCCUAUAGUUAACAGUUCUGUGGCUUUUACUCAACACUAUUGAGUCUGUUAAUGAUCUGUGUACAUAAAUAAUUUCUUAGAUUGAUCCAAUGUGUCAUCUGUAUUAGAAACGUUAGUGGGUUUGUAAAUGGUGCAGCCUGUGAAACAGAUUUUCUUUUUUUUUUCAUUAUGCAUUUGAGAAUGCAUAAUCAUAAAAACUGCAAUGUUACUACAUUUUUGGUGGACUUCUGCAAAAUGUAUAACCAUAGAAAUGUUUUUAACUGUAAGAAAGGAACUGCAAUUUAUUAUUUGCAAAUGGAAGAGACAAAAUUUACGGUUCUGUUUCGUGUACGUCGGCAGUGACUACGUAGCCCGUUCGUAAUAAAAACAAACAAACAGGAAGUUAGCAUCAGACCAAUUCCAGUCAACUGUUAUCUGACUGCUUGCCAGCCAUUUCUACUGCCAACACAAAUCUUUAACUCAGUCUUGAUUGACACAACAUUCUUGCACUUUUGGUGAUGCGGCUUGGAGGAACACUCAGCAUCACCUGUUGAAAUCAUUCUGAUGGGCCGUAAACUGACUGCAACAUGGUGUAGCUGCUUCGAGAUUUAAGAUUAAACUGCUAAUGCAGCCUACCACUUGGAGUGGUAGGCUGGAGAAGGGGGAGGGUAAUGGGUGUAUAUCAAUGGGAGGAUAACAUAACCACACAUUUUAACGUUUUCUAGCUAGGAUAAGAAACAUUUAUGUAUAGUAGAUGUCUGUUUUGGACCAUCAGGAGAACAAGUACACACACACUCCUGGAUACUUCCCUGGUGCCACUCACAGCUUAAUGCUGCUUAAAUUGAAAAAAAGAAAAGAAAAAUUAUAGCAUGUUGUUUUUUAACUCCAGUAAAUAGCUUUUUCUAAGUAACCGUUUUGUAUAACCUAAAUCAAACUGCAUCUUUGAGUGUUGUUGGUUCAAUGUGGUUGAAUUGAUCUCGUUCUGUCUGACACCUUUCGGAAUGAAAAGGAAGAGGGCAAAUAUUUAUUUUUUUAUGCUUCCGACAUAAUUGCUAAUCAACGGCUUGUUGAAAAAUGCAUGAAGAAUGAUUUAGGGGGCGCCCCGAUGACUCACCGGGUAGAGCUUGUACCAACCCUCUCUCUCCCAUACCUUUCUGUCUGUGUCACUAUCAUAAAGCAUAAAAUAAUAUAAUGAUUUACGUUAUGUUGACUAAUUAAAAAUUACAUGAUUGAGAAUGA